AUGGGCUGGUUACCCGAGGGAAACGCCACCUCCCCGCGCGACCCCUUCCAUCAGCUCUCCCCUUCCGCCAAACCCUCCGCCCACUCUGCUUCCGCGCACGUCCUCUCCGCCUUCCGCUGCACGCUCCCCGCCAUCGUGCUCGGCGCGCUUCUCUUCGGCAAUCUCCUUCUCCUCUCCGCCAACCCCCGCCUCUGGCCCGCCUGCCCGCCCGACCGCGACGCCGUCGACGCGCUCGUGCUCACGGGGCUACAGCCGGGCGGCGCUAGCGGCGGCGACGGCUUACAGGCGGUCGGGGAGCUACAGCCGUCCGUGUCGGUGGUGGUGGAACGGCCGGCAGAUGACGCGGGCGCUGUGGGGAGUGAAGCGGCGGAGUGGUGGCGGGAAAAAGGCGCGUAUAGUCCAACUGGCAGAAAAGGUGGCGGUACUCCCCGCCUGGCGUACGGCAUUCUCGGCGCGAAAAAUGACAGCGCGCGCGUGGUGCGCCUCUUACUCGCCAUCUACCACCCGUUGAACCACUACGCGGUGCAUAUCGACGACCCCGAGGAAACUCUCGCGCUAAAGACAAAGAUCGCCGCCCACCCUGCACUGUCGAGGCGCGCGAAUAUUGUCGUGAUUCCGGACCCCGAAGUAGUCACGUACCAAGGGUCGACGCUGCUGUCCGCGACGCUGCGCCUGGCGCAUGUGCAUAUAGCGAGCGGCGCGCAGUGGGACUGGUUCAUCAACCUGAGCGCUGCGGAUUACCCGUUGAUGUCACAAGAUGAUAUGCUCUAUCUCUUUUCGCACGUGGAUCGCAGCCUCUCCUUCAUGGAUCACAGCGUCGAGCACCGAUUCGACUACCGGCAGCGUGCAGUGAAUCUGGACAGGGCACUCUUCCAGGCGCACAGAGGGCAUAAACUCAUGCGGGACGUGCGGCCUGCUGCCACUCGUUUCCACGUGUUCAUGGGCUGCAACUGGAUCAAGGCGUCGCGCCCCUUCCUGCGGUACGUCCUAUGGGAGCCCGCCAGCUGGCCGCGCCGCAUCCUCAUGUACAUGGCUGACGUCAUCGACUCGGACGAGCACUACUUCUCCACCGUCGCCUGCCACUCGGCGCGCUUCAACCACUCGCUGCUCAACGCCAGCCUGCACUUCGCCACCUUCGCCAAAGGCAGCCCACACUCCCUGGAGAUGAACGACUCCUUCUAUGAGGCCUUCACCAGUGGCGUCUUCCUCUUUGCCAGGAAGUUUCCUCGCGACUCACCGACUCUGGAUAGGAUCGACAGGGAGCUGCUUCAGCGUCAGCCUGACAGCAUCACGCCAGGCGCCUGGUGCUCUCUCCCUCCCUCCACUGCUUCGCCUUCCACGUUCCAUUCACCUCCCAGUGAUGGCACCACUGACAGCACCAGCGGCACCACUAGCAGCAGCAGCAGCAGCGGCAGCGGCAGCGGCAGCAGCAGCAGCAGCAGCAGUGUUGGUGUUACUGGUUGGCUGCAGCGGUUGCUAUCCCCUGCACCAUGCAACCCUCACAGGGGGGCUACCAUGAACACCCCUUCUGCACUCACUCCUUCUGUAGUCACAUCACAUGGUGAAACUGAAACCAAUGACAAGGGGACAACUGCAACUGGAGGUGAUAAUAGCGAGAUUGGAGCUGGCUGUCCGUCUACAGUAAACACUGCAUUAGUAGCCUCCUUGGUAUUAGCACCAAGCAAGAGGGCAGAGACCAUGCUGCCUCGGUUUCUCAAGUUGCUGGACACAAGCAACUCGUGCCGAGUGCCCGAGGGGGAUGCAAGGUUGACAGAGGGGGAGUGGAAGGACGGAGAAGUUCUGAACAUCGAAAAGUAUCAGAUCUGA